AUGCCUGGCGCGUACGCACUUGAACGACCGCAGAGCAUCUCGCUUCCCGGGCAGCCCGUCGGGGUGGCUGCCAUCUAUCAACGACCCGAUGACCAGUUGCCCGUGCUCACUGCUGCAGCUGGCAAUGCACUCUACGUGUUCAAGAACUUGAAGCCAUUUCUCAAAAACACACUCCCACCCAUUGAGAUUGCCGAGGAGGAGCGAGACAUCUGGGCCAACGCCCGAAGCGAGACUGUGGACGUCGAUGCCAUGUGCGACGCACUCCUUUCUUUGCAAGAUUCUCACCAGGAGCUCUCUGGUCGCAGUCUGCACCUGCUAGCGCUCGAGCCCGAGGAUCGGGCAAGCUAUGUGGAGCGCAUCAAAGACCUGCCCAUUGUCUCGGAGCCUUCCAUCACUGCCAUGGCCACCAUGUACAAGAACAUUGUGGAGGAGCGGGCCCCGCAAUGCAUCGUCUUGGGUACAGAGCAGGGCCAGGUGUUGAUUUUAUCUCCCGAAAAGUUUGCCGCUCUUGCGCGCUUCAAUCUGCCUGGCGCGAUCGCCUGCCUCUCGGUGGCGGGUGCCUUUGAGACUGAUUAUCGCAUUCUGGCCGUCUCUCGUGACAACAAGCUUUACAUCAUCAAAGAUCAGGUAGCAUUUCUAUCACACAUGCCACCUCACUCCAUGUGGGCUCACAGCAAAGCCGUCUCGGAUCUGGUGAUUGACCUGCCAUCCCCUGCCGUCGACUGUCAGCGUAUUGGCAAGGCCAUUUUGGUCACGUGUACCAACGGUCAUUUGCUGGCGUUCAAUUCAAAGGGCCGACGCCUCUGGGAGCACGCCUUUUCGGAUGUGCCCUUGAGCUGCUGCGCGUUUGACUACAAGAUCAAAAUGCUCCGCGGUGUGAUGGUCGCAACGGCUGACCGACAUGUGCACGUGUUCACGGACACGGGCCUGAUUGACACAUUUUCGAGCCCCAUGCCUUUAGCGGGGGUUGCGUUUGAUCACAUUUGGCGGGGUACAUAUGUCUUUGCGGGCGUGGGGACCGAUGGUAGUCUAUUCCUGGCGCGGGUGAAGAAGGGCGCCGACUUUACCAAUCGCAAUCGACUGCAAGGGGCACCCCCCGAGCAGAAUGUGCGCAUAAAAGUGCCAAAGAAGACACAGCUUUACGUUGACCAGACCAUGCGGGAGAAGGCCCACGCCGUGCAGAUGCAUCGUAUCUUUCAACGGGAUCUGUAUCUCAUGCAGCUCAACAUUGCGCGCAACUAUGUUAAGGCAAUCAAAAAGAGUCUAGCGCCCGAUGUCAAGACGCAGGAUGUCUCCUUGCACGUGGAUGCAGAGGUGCACGGCAUUGGUCCGCACUUCAAGGUCAUCGUCAAGGUGCAGAAUACAUCGCCCAAGCAAUUGGCGCGGGACAUCCAUAUUUCGUUCCAUGCGGAUCCUACGAUGUAUGAGCUGGAGGAUCGGGUGGUGCAUUUGCCGUGCGCGGUGCCUGGUGUCAUUUAUCGCAAGGCUACGCUGGUCAAGUAUUUGGAGAGUGAGGAGCUGACUUCUUCACCGAUCACGGCUCAUGUGUAUAUGCCGCCCAACCCACGCCCCUUGGUGACGGCGCUGAUAGAAAUGCCCAUUUCUGAACCUCUGAUCAACGUCCGGUGA